AAUAGUCAUAUAGUAAAUGCUUUUUUGUAAGCACUGGUAGUUUGUGAGUAAGUCUGUGAGUAAAACUGGAUGUUUGCUUGGAUGGCAAGUGAUUGUCAUGUUAUGGCUAUUAUGGCAACCAAUUCACUGUAACCCCAAUGUUAGAGUCAAUGGAGGAAAUCGGUCGAUAAAAAACUCCAAACAACUUAAUCUCAAUCACUUUGACCCCCAGCCUAACAAAUACCAUUCCCCGCGCACAGCAACCAACCGAACCAAUAGUUCAACUAAUUUUGAUAAUCUUAAUCUCAAUUAUCUGCUCUCUGUUCUCCAUGAAGAUGAACGACAGGCUAUAUUCAACAAUGUUGUUCAUCAAAAUCACAAGUCGGUCACCGGUGACACAAAUUCACAGCAGACAUACAUUGCAUCCAAUUAUAAAAAAGACAACUCAAUCGAUGACAACUAUAUUGAACUGACCAGUGAUGACAAAAGAGACAUUCAAGACGCCAAUAAGUUGUCUCUGUUUUCAUCAUCGCUUAACGUGAUUGAUGUCGCGCCACAAGACACCCAACUGGCCCACAGUGUCCUUAUAAUACACAAACCAAAGCCAAAUAAAACAAUUAGACCGACAACUAUUGCACCGCAGUUAUUGAAACACCAACACAUCCAAUACUCUAACAAACAACAACAACAACAAUACACGCAAACACCCAGUCCUAUAAUCUCUGCCAUCACAUCAUCGGCAUUGGGCUCAUCUACGGAUGGCUUUGCGACACCCGUCAGAAACAAUCAUAGACCACAGUUUCUCAGACCAUUUCCCGGUAGAAUCAAAAGUACUACAACUACUACCACCACUACUACCACUACAACAACUAAUACACCGACAACAGUGGUUACAACAGAUACAACUCCUGUUAAGACAACUCCUGUUAAGACAACUCCUGUUAAGACAACUCCUGUUAAGACAACUCCAGCUAAGACUACUGUAGUAAAAACAACUCCAUCAAAGACAACCAUCUUUGCGACCAAUUUUGAGACCGAAUAUCAAACUAUUAACUCUACAUUAGAAACAACUGAUGAUAAUGUGGAAGAAUUUCCUGUUAUUUUCAGUAAUAAUCACAAUAAGGGUUCUCAGCCUUUAUUUACGAGACAAAAGCUGACGAGUACUGAGUAUGCGUUGAUCUUCACGACACCCGAGUCUUUCACCGACAACGAUAAGACCGCAUUUACAGAAGUUCCGGCCAUAACUAACCAACCCUACACUUUUCGUCCUCCAUAUGUGACCACUUAUAAUCCACAAAAGAGACCACCGAUGAAAAUAAUGACAGUUAAUGCCAACCGAAUCAGACAACCAGAUGAGAUUUACUCGGAAGGCAUUACUGUAUUAGAUCCGCCAUUCCUUAGCAACCAUCCUAUGAAAUUACCGCCAAAUACAACAAUAAUUCAUAAGAAUCUGAUUGUGCCGAUGAAAGAGGGCCGACCAAAGCCCAUGUAUCCCACACCCGGUACUACACAGUAUCCCAUAUAUCCAAUGGUAGCCGGAAUUACCAAUUGGCACACACAACCCACCACUCCAUUCAUAAACCCUAUAGUGACCACUAGUUCACCACUUGAUUUUACUCAACACUUUGCAAACACUGUUUCAGAUAUUAGUGAAUCAGACUAUACAGUGACCGCCCAAUCGGUGAACAGACCCACUAUAAUCACAGGACAUCCAUUGAUUAGUACACAGCCAACAUCACCGCAGACAUCAUCACAUUUGGUGACAGUGACAUCGAUAAGGCCGGUGACCGACACAUCGAUGUCCUCAUCCAACACAUACUUAGUCACCCAAUCCGCUCAAACGCCGCGUCCGUCUACAUCGACCACGGGAUACGUAAAUGCCAUUUGGGCGCCUCCUAUGCCUAUAGCGGCCCGACCGGUACAGGCAGUGCAGGCACAGCCCGUGUCCACGACGAGUUGGUGGUCACCGAUAUCUAAUGUCUUUUCAUUGGAUCCGACGAGUGGAUCAAUGUUUAGUUUUAUGAAUGUUAUGAAAACAGUAUUGUUUACUAUAUUAGUCUUUUUCCUGCCGCCCAUCACAUUGGCCGCAGCGCUCAUACAGACAGCAGUGGGUUAGCAGUGGACUGUAGGUUAGGUUAAAGCAAUUUUGAGCUCAUUUUUAUUUGCAAUACCAGUUUUUAAUAUUGUAGUUAGCAUUUGUUAUAUAAUUAAAUAUAUAAUA